AACACCCCCCCAAGCUAUGUCCUCUCCAACCAUUUUCCCCCUUGGCCACGAGCCUAUCCAAGACCAUUGCUUCUCCGCGGAUGGAAGCAUCUUGGCGAUCACGAAAGACAGCAAUGUCGAGAUAUACAGCGUGACCGGCGCCGCGCCGCGGUUGCUUGCGACGCUUGCGGACCAUGACAAAAAGGUGACCGCGGUGGAUAUUUCGCUUGACGGAAAGAUCGUUACGUGCUCACAGGACCGCAACGCAAUUGUGUGGACGCCGGGUGUGACGUACACACCGACACUCGUACUCUUGCGCAUUGAUUUUGCCGCGACGGCCGUGCGCUGGUCGCCUAGCGGCGACAAGAUCGCGGUAGGCAGCGGUGACGGCGUGGUUGCGGUGUGCUACUUCGAGGAGGAGAACGACUGGUGGAUCUCCAAACACAUCAAGGUCAAGGACAACAAGCGCUCUACCGUGACCAACCUCGAGUGGCACCCGAAUAACGUGUUAUUGGCCGUGGGCUACUACGACUUCCACGCGCGCGUUUUCUCCGCGUAUGUCAAGGCGAUUGACGCAAGACCCGGACCUAGCGUCUGGGGCGAUAAAUUCCCCUUUGCUGCCCCUUGUGGCGACUUCCAGACUGAGACGCAGUCCGGGUGGGUGCACGAUGUCGCCUUCUCGCCCUCCGGUGACGUGUUGGCGUUUGUCUCCCAGGAUAACUCCGUCAACGUUGUGUAUCCUGGGACUGCUGUUAUUAGCUUGCAGCUUCAGGACUCAUUACCGUUCACGUCGGUCGUGUUCACUAAUGAAGGCGAGCUUGUCGCCGCGGGGCACGACUGUCACCCCGUGGUGUUCCGCGGAGACGCACACGGCUGGGCCAAGGCGUACGCACUCGAUGACGAUACGCAAGUUGUGAUCGAGCGCUCCGAGGAGGAAGACGACGCAUACUCACACGCCAAUGCCUUGAACAUGUUCAAGCAGUUGGACCUUAAGGGGAAGGUUGUUAACACCAGUCAGAACAACAACGGCCUUUUACCACACAUCCACCAGAAUACCAUCACCAGGGUCAGAAUGUUGUCUGAUGUGCACAUCAGCACUUCUGGGAGGGACGGCAAGGUGGUAAUCUUCACCUUGAACUAGUGCUAUGCGAGUACAAUUUACUAGAAGUAUGACCCGUUAAAGGGAUUAGCGAUGUAAUUUGCCAAAGUUCCAGCAGCUUUUAGUACAUUUGUAUGGACGAUAUUUGUAGCGC